AAGGCCCAGGGUCACACAGAAUCUGAAGAGGCAGGCCGGGCUUCCUCAUCACAAGAGCAUAAGCCAGAUUCACCACUGUUACAUUUACCUGGAGAAGACAAGUCUAUCAGGAGGACGGGUUUGACACACCUGACAAAAGGAAUAGCAGGCAUAGGAAAAACAGUUUCUGUGCAGAAGUUCAUCCUUGACUGGGCAGAGGGAGAAGCCAAUCAGGACAUUGAUUUCAUGUUCCCGCUUCCUUUCCGUGAUCUGAACCUGAAAAAGGGCCAAUACAGUCUGAUGCAACUCCUUUCCCUCUAUUUCCCAGAGCUGAAAGAGAUUCACAGUAUUGAAGAUGAUGAAACCAAAACAGUUUUCAUUUUGGAUGGUCUCGAUGAGUGUCGACUUCCCCUUGACUUCAAAAACAAUCCGAAGUGCUACGAUGUCACAGAAUCAAAUUCAGUGGACAUUUUGCUGACAAACCUCAUUGAAGGGAAUCUGUUUCCAUCUGCUCUCCUCUGGAUAACCACCCGACCAGCAGCAGCCAAUCAGAUCCCUCCAGAGUGUGUUGACCAGGUGACAGAGAUACGAGGCUUUAAUGAGGCACAAAAGGAAGAGUACUUAAGAAAGAAAAUCACAAAUCCUAAUCUGGCCAACAACAUCAUCAAACACAUAAAAUCAACCAGAACCCUUCACAUCAUGUGUCACAUACCAGUCUUCUGUUGGAUAUCAGCCACUGUCCUUGAGAGAAUUGUAAAAGAAGGAAAGAGUGUUAAAUUGCCCAAAACUCUGACUCAAAUGUAUGAACACUUCCUGCUCACCCAAACCAGUGUGAAAAACAAAAAAUACAACAAAACCACAGAGACAAAUCCAAAAGAACUAAUUAAGUCAGAUGAAGACAUGAUCCUUAAACUGUCAAAUCUGGCUUUCCAACAGCUGCAGAAGGGCAACAUGAUCUUCUAUGAGGAGGACCUGAGAGAGUGUGGCAUUGAUGUGACAGAGGCAUCAGAGUACUCAGCUUUGUGUACAGAGAUCUUUAUAGAAGAAUCUGGGCUGUACAAUGAGAAGGUUUUUAGCUUUGUGCAUCUGAGCAUUCAGGAGUUUCUGGCAGCAGUACAUGCUCUAGAAUCAUGUCUGGGCAAAGAGGAACAUGUUUUCCCCUACAAAACACAUGACAAUAAUGAUGAUAAGAAAGACGAUGUUGAUGAUGAAGUGAGGAAGUCAGACAAGUUGUAUGACUUAUACAAGAGAGCAGUGGACCAGGCUGUGAUGAGUAAGAAUGGACACCUUGACCUGUUCCUUCGCUUUCUUAUUGGUCUCUCACUGAAGUCCAAUCAGGAUCUCUUAAAAGGCCUUCUGACCCAGGCAGGAAGUACAACACAGCAAAAUACAGAAACCUUAAAGAGAACAGAGAAGUACCUGUCAGACAAGAUCAAGAAGGAAUCCUCACCAGAAAGAACUAUCAACUUGUUCCACUGUCUCAAUGAACUUGGUGCCAACUCUCUAGUUGAGAACAUGCAGACCUCCCUACGAUCAGGAUUUCUUUCAGAAACAGAACUACAACUUCACCAAUGUUCAGCCCUGACCUACCUGUUGUUAAUGUCAGAGGAGGUGCUUGAGGAGUUUGACAUGAAGACAUACAACACAACAGAGGAAGGUUAUCAGAGGUUCUUACCGGUAGUGAAAACCUGCAAGAGAGCAUUACUGAAUGGCUGUAACCUCAACUUUAGAUCCUGUGAGAUUCUGUCCUCAUUUCUGCAGACACCAAAUUGCCACAUACAAGAACUGGACAUCAGCUACAAUCACCUGGAAGACAAAGGAGUGGAGCUCCUUGGUGCUACACUAACCAGUUCACUCUGCAACUUACAGACGCUUGUACUGGCUGGUUGUAAACUCACAGAUAAAUCCUGUGAGACUCUGGCCUCAGCUCUGCAGACACCAAACUGUCCCCUGAGAGAAUUGGACCUCAGCAACAACCACCUGGGAAAAAGAGGAGUGCAGCUUCUCUGCGCUGCACCAACCAGUCCAAUCUGCAACAUACAGAUACUUAAUCUAGGGCACUGUGGUCUGACAGAAGAUUGCUGUACUGAUCUGGCCUCUGUCCUGCGUUCACCCAACUCACAACUAAAAACACUGGAGCUGAGAGACAAUGACCUGAAGGACUCAGGAAUUACUCUGCUCUGUGCUGGACUGGAGGAUACAAACUGUACACUACACACUCUGGGGCUGUCUGGCUGUCUGGUCACAGAGGAAGGCUGUGCUGCCCUGGAUUCAGCUCUGAGUGCAAACCCCUCCCAUCUGAGAAAGCUGGACCUGAGCUACAAUCACCCAGGAGACUCAGGAGUUGAGCGGUUCAAAGCUGGACUGGAGGACCCACACAGAAAACUGGGGGAUGUCAAUAUUGACUAUGGUGGAGAACUCAGGAUAAAAUCUGAACUGAGAAAAUAUGCCUGUGAUCUCACACUGGACCCAAACACUGCAUACACCAACCUCUCUAUGUCUGACAACAACAGGAUGGUAACAUUUGGAGAUAAUCAGCACUACCCUGAUCACACAGAGAGAUUUGACUACUGGAACCAGGUGCUGUGUAGUGAGGGUCUAACUGGACGAUGUUACUGGGAAGUAGAGAGGAAUGGAGAGGUUGUGAUUGCAGUGACAUAUAAAGGAAUCAGCAGGAAAGGAAAGGAUGAUGACAGUCGGCUUGGAUACAAUGACAAGUCCUGGAGUCUGGACUUCUAUGAUAACAGGUGCUUUGCCUAUCACCACAGUAAGAAAACGUCCAUACCUGACCCCGACUUGUCUCCCUUGCCCAACAGAGUAGCAGUGUAUCUGGACUGGCCGGCCGGCACUCUGUCAUUCUAUAAUGUCUCUUCUAACAAAAUAACCCACAUACAUACAUUCAUCUCUACAUUUACUGAGCCACUCUAUCCAGGGUUUUGGGUUGGAUCAUACUCGUCAUCAGUGUCUCUGUGUCAGGUAGAAUAGUCUCCUGAGUCCUGGAGAAACACUUGACUCCUCAGUGUCUCUGUGUCAGGUAGAAUAGUCUCCUGAGUCCUGGAGAAACACCUGACUCCUCAGUGUCUCUGUGUCAGGUAGAAUAGUCUCCUGAGUCCUGGAGAAACACUUGACUCCUCAGUGUCUCUGUGUCAGGUAGAAUAGUCUCCUGAGUCCUGGAGAAACACUUGACUCCUCAGUGUCUCUGUGUCAGGUAGAAUAGUCUCCUGAGUCCUGGAGAAACACCUGACUCCUCAGUGUCUCUGUGUCAGGUAGAAUAGUCUCCUGAGUCCUGGAGAAACACUUGAAUCCUCAGUGUCUCUGUGUCAGGUAGAAUAGUCUCCUGAUUCCUGGAGAAACAAUUGACUCCUCAGUGCCUCUCUGUCUGUAUGCAACCUUGCAUUCUAUAGGCUACUUCAUGGCAACAACAAUUUGUUGUAUAUACAUAUUUGCAAGUGCUGAUUUCAACACCUGUACAGUUGGGAAGGAAUAUAAGUUUGAACCUCGGCAAUGUAAAAUCAGAAAAACUGUCAUGACACCACUGUGUGUUGGUCUCUGUACUUGUAAAUUUCUGUCAUGCAUGUUCUUGCAUAUACGAUUAAACCUGAACUAAUCAACUGUUAUAUGAGCGACUGAGAGGUUUUUUCAUUAAUAAAUCACAAACAUUUUCCAUCUUCCACAAUAGUCACCUGAGUCCUGGAGAAACACUUGACUCCUCAGUUUCUCUCUGUCAGGUACAACAGUCUUCUGAGUCCUGGAGAAACACUUGAUUCCUCAGUGUCUUUCAGGUAGAAUAGUCUCCUGAGUCCUGGAGAAACACUUGAUAUAUAAAUACCAUUUUAAGACACCUGCUAAACAUUAGAAUCCCCUGUUUUAAAAUUACUUGUAAAGCAGUUAUAACAAUAAGAUGUUUUAACACCCUUCUGAAGCAGUUGUAACAACCAGAUGGUUUAGUACACUUGUAAACCAGUUAUAACAAUCAGAUGGUUUAGUACACUUGUAAACCAGUUAUAACGAUCAGAUGGUUUAGUACACUUGUAAACCAGUUAUAACGAUCAGAUGUUUUAACGCCCUCGUAGAGCAGUUCAAACAAUCAAAAUGUUGGGACACUAGUAUAGCAGUAGACAUAGCCAUGUACAUGUAAAAACAGUUAUAAAGCAUCAAUAAAAGACAGAAAAUGGCAUGUCAA